GUGCACCGUGCUACGCCGCCUUCGCUUUCACUCUGACCACUUUGAAGCAGCACCCAGGAAGACACGGCAUUAGCUCAACACAGUGAAGAUGUCGUUCAAGAAGGCUGAUUUGUAUCCUUGCAACCCAGCCACCGCGCGCGGCGAGUCGACCAAGCUUAGCUCGAGCGGAGACAAGGUCGUGUACGUGAACGGGCGAACAGUCGUGAUCCGCGACUUGAAGACUCCGGCGACCGCGAUCACCUACGCGGGGCACCUCCAACCCACUACCGUUGCCCGCAUCUCGCCCUCUGGGUACUACUGCGCCUCUGCAGACAUCACCGGUACAGUACGCGUCUGGGACACGGUGGGUGAGGAUCAGACCUUGAAGGGGGAGUACAAGGUUCUCUCUGGUGCUGUGAAGGACCUCGAGUGGGAUGGUGAGAGCAAGCGGAUCAUCGCAGUAGGAGAUGGGAGAGACAAGUUCGGCCAUGCAUUCAUGUUUGACACCGGCUCGUCUACUGGCGAGAUCAUUGGGCAUUCUAAGGUCAUCAAUGCAGUGGCAAUCCGGCACCAACGUCCAUUCCGUGCGGCGACCGCGUCAGAUGACGCAACUAUUGUUUUCCAUCAAGGCGCUCCGUACAAAUAUGAGAAGAGCAUCAAGACGCACACAAAGUUCAUCCAAGAUGUGCGGUACGCACCGUCUGGCGACCAAUUCGCCAGUGUCGGCUCGGACUCGAAGAUCUUCCUCUACGACGGGAAGACGGGUGAGACCCUCGGUGAGAUUACAGAUAGCCCGCACACAGGCAGCAUCAUGGCCUGCAGCUGGAGUCCAGACAGCAAGUCGCUGGCGACGUCCUCCGCAGAUCGCACAGUGAAGUUGUGGGAUGUCGAGGCCCGCAAAGCCGUUACAGCCUGGACUGUCGGUUCCGGCGUCGCCUUCCAGCAAGUCGGCAACACCUGGACAGGCGGAGACGCUAUUGUCUCCGUCUCGAUGUCGGGCGACCUCAACGUAUUUGACAAGCGCAUCGGUGACAAACCUGCUAGCAUCCUCUACGGCCCGCAGAAGUCAAUUACCGCAGCGGCCACGUUGCCGUCGUCGAGCACCUUCCUCACAGGCACGGCUGACGGGCGGAUCCUCUCCUUCUCUGACAACACCUAUUCACCGCUUAGCGGCGAUGGUCAUGCUGCACUCGUCUCUGGCCUCGCCUCUGCAGCAGAUGGCAAGGUGUACUCAGCCGGUUUCGACGACGUGGUCAAGGAGAUCGAAGGAGGGUCGAGCUUCGUUCCGGCGUCAUUCUCGGCGGGCUCGCAACCUAAGUCCGUCGCGGUCGCUGCGGACUCCACCGUGUUCGUAGCGGAAGCGAACGGCGUCGAGGCGAUCCGGUCGAACCAGAGGGUCUUCGAACUCAAGCCCAAGUUCACACCGAGCGCGGUCUCCGCGUCGGGAUCUAUUGUGGCUGUCGGCGGCGAGGACAUGAAAGUGCGCUUGUACGAUUGGGACGGGAAGACCCUGACGGAGGCUGCAACGCUGGAGGGCAACAAGGGCACCGUCAGCGCACUUGCGUUCAGUCCGGAUGGGGCGCUAUUGACUACGGGUGAUUCAUCGGGGAAGAUCAUCUUGUUCGACGUGAAAGGACGCAAGGCGGUCACCUCCCGCUGGUCCUUCCACACCGGGCGAAUCAACUCCCUCUCCUGGACGGCCGACGGGAAGCACUGCGCGUCGGGCUCGCUGGACACGCACGUCUACGUGUGGAGCGUGGACAAACCGAUGCGCAACAUCGCGAUCAAGAACGCUGGUCCUGGAGGGAUUGCUGCGGUGUUCUGGACGGGCCCGAAGACGCUUGCGAGUGCGGGCGCGGAUGGGUGUGUGAGGACUUGGGAGAUUACCUUCCAUGCCUGAAGCUCUGAGGCUGUAGAGUGGUCCAUGGAAUCGAUGACAGAUGGCGUGGACGGAAGUAAUGGAUGUGCGAAAUGUAUUGUAGACCUAACAGAUGUUGAAUUACUGUGUUGUUGUAUCGCGC